GAUCAUAAGUAAUCUUGGUGAGGAAACCAUUCUUCACCGUUAAAUUUGCUUCUUCCCCAUCUUUAAACUCUCUCUUCUUCCAUAACCUUGUUUCUUCUCUGCAAGCUUUAAGGUCUCAAUUUAAUCUCCAGGUACUUACAUCCUCGCAUUUUCUCCCAUUUUCACUCGUCCAUCUGUUUGAUGCAUAAAGAGAAACUAAGAAAUUUUUUAACAAUUUAUUACAAUAUACAUAUUGUUUUGUUGAUCAGAUGUCCUACUUUCUUUUAGUUUAAUUUCCUUACAUAUGUAUUUUUCUCCUCUUCAUUUGAUACCAGUUAUUUUUGCAUAAAAUUAAUUACCCUGCACCAAGAAAUACGGAGAUCUGCCCGCUUUCUCUCUCUGAUCAUACGAUUUUUCAAGCCCGCAGAGCUGGGGACUAGUUCUUUUUGCACCAAAGUACCCUGCGCAAGUACUAAGGAGAUCUGCCUUCUUUCUUUGUCAUUUUAAUCAUUCAAUAUUUCAAGCCCCGUGGAGUUGGGACCAGAAAAUUUCUUCAUGGAGUCCACCAUAGGGUCAGUUCUUGGAAGGGUAGGGGAAUAUGUAGAUUGUCAUAAAAACUUCCACAAUGAUGUGGAUGAUCUUAAAAAAGGAAUUGCAGAUCUAAAACGCAGAAGAAAUGAUAAGUUAGCAGAGCUACUAACAGUCGAUGACUCGGAAAGACAAGUUAAAGAAGAAGUGCAAGGAUGGCUUGAAGAUGCAAGGAGGGUCACUGAAAUUGAAAUGCCAGAUAUUGAAGAAGAGGUGCAGAAUGUUUCAUACUUGUCACGUGGUAGCCUUGGAAGACGUGUCCGUCAAAAGAUUCAAGAUGUGAGGGAAAUUUAUAAUCGGGGUAGUUUCCCUGAAAGUCUUGUAAUUGAAAGGCCUCCGCCUAUUGGAAUCACUUUGCCAACCGAGAAUAUGGUGGGCGAGGUUGAUGUGAAGGAAAAAAUUUGGGGAUACUUGAUGAGUCACGAGGUUGGAAUUAUUGGAGUUUGUGGAAUUGGUGGAGUUGGCAAAACCACUGUUAUGAAACACAUCCAUAAUGAAUUGCUAAAUGAGGCUACUAAGUUUAAGAAAGUUGUUUGGGUUACAGUAUCACAUCCACUCAUUGUUUUUAGAUUACAAGGUGACAUUGCUAGUGCAAUGAACAAAAGUCUUCCCGAUUAUGGGGAUGAACUGAAGCGGGCAUCGAGAUUGAUGGAGGUUAUGAAAACAGUAAAAUAUGCAUUGAUCUUAGAUGAUGUGUGGGAUAAAUUUACUCUUCAUAGAGUUGGCAUCCCAGAACCAACAACCGAAAAUGGGUGCAAAAUUGUUAUUACUAGCAGAUCGGUUGAUGUAUGCAACUACUUGAGAUGUCAGAUGGUUAAGGUGCCACUUCUUUCAGCACAAGAGUCUUUGAACUUGUUUUUAGAUAAGGUUGGGCAAGACAUUCUACGAAUUCCUAAUUUGGAAGAGAUUUUGAAGCUUAUGGUUGCUGAAUGUGCUGGUUUGCCAUUGGCCAUUGUUGUCAUUGCUGGGAGCAUGAGAGGAGUAGAAGAUAUCUUUGAGUGGAGAAAUGCAUUACGUGAAUUGCGUCAAUGUGUAGUAAAUACAGAGAAAGAUUCAGAAGAUGAGAUAUUUAAUCGCUUGAAGUUCAGUCAUGAUCGUCUACGAAAUUCAAGCAUCCAGAAUUGUUUCUUAUAUUGUUCAUUAUAUCCAGAAGAUUGGGUUAUUAGAAAAGAAAAUCUAAUUGAAAACUGGAUUUGUGAGGGACUUGUUGAAAAAUUAGGGAGCAGAAGAGAAAUGCAUGAUAAAGGACAUGUUAUUUUAAAUAGGCUUUUAAACAAUUGUCUGAUAGAGGAAGCCAAUAAAAGGGAAAAUGUUAAGAUGCAUGAUGUUGUAAGGGACAUGGCAUUGCGUGUUAAGAGCACCGGUCCAAGUAAGUUCAUGGUGAAAGCUAAAAUGAGAUUGACAGAGAUACCAGAGGAGGAUGAAUGGACUGAAGAUCUAGACAAGGACAUUAUGGAAACAGUGAAAUAUGCAUUGAUCUUAGAUGAUGUGUGGGAUAAAUUUGAUCUUCAAAGAGUUGGAAUACCAGAACCAACAACAGAAAAUGGGUGCAAAAUUGUUAUUACUAGUAGAUCAGUUGAUGUAUGCAACUACUUGGGAUGUCAGAUAGUGAAGGUGCCUCCUCUUCCACAGCAAGAGUCUUUGAACUUGUUUUUAGAUAAGGUUGGACAAGACAUUCUACGAAUUCCUAAUUUGGAAAAGAUUUUGAAGGAUAUGGUGGCAGAAUGCGCUGGUUUGCCAUUGGCCAUUGUUGUCAUUGCUGGGAGCAUGAAAGGUGUAACACUUAUUCGUCAGUGGAGAAGUGCAUUACGUCGAUUGCGUCAGUGUGUGGUGGAUAUAGAGAAAGAUUCAGAAGAUCAGAUAUUUCAAUGUUUGAAGUUCAGUUAUGACCGUCUACCAAAUUCAAGCAUCCAAGAAUGUUUAUUAUAUUGCUCAUUGUAUUCAGAAGAUUGGGUGAUUCAAAGAGAAGAUCUAAUUGAAGACUGGAUUUGUGAUGGACUUGUUGAAAAAUUAGGGAGCAGAAGAGAAAUGCAUGAUAGAGGACAUGAAAUUUUAAGUAAGCUUGAAAACAAUUGUCUGUUAGAGGAAGGCAGUGACGGAUAUCUAAACGGUGUUAAGAUGCAUGAUGUUGUGAGGGACAUGGCAUUGCGUGUUAAGAGCACCGGUCCAAGUAAGUUCAUGGUGAAAGCUAAAAUGAGAUUGACAGAGAUACCAGAGAAGGAUAAAUGGACUGAAGAUAUAGACAAGGUUUCCCUUAUGUACAAUGAAAUAUCAUAUAUCCCUAUAAAUAUGUUCCCCAAAUGCUUGAUGCUCUCAACCUUAAUUUUGGAGGGUAACUUAGAAUUGAAGCAAAUUCCAGAGUGUUUUCUAGCAAACAUGCCCCUACUGAAGUUUCUUAAUCUUUCUUAUACUGGCAUUGAGGCUUUACCUAAUUCCAUGUGUAGCUUAAAAAAUCUUACAGCACUGAUUCUCUGUGCAUGUGAGAGUUUAGAACGCAUGCCUUCCUUGUCAAAGCUUAAAGCACUGAAGAAGUUGGAUUUGGAUGAAGCGGGCCUUUAUGUGGCUCCUGAAGGCAUUGAAAUGUUAGAAAAUCUAGAAUAUCUUGAUUUAUCUGCUCCAAAGCUGAAGGUACUACCAAAAGGAAAAAUCAGUAAGCUCUUUCGCCUCCAAUACCUACGUAAAAAUCCAAUUUUUUCAACUGAUAUAAGAGCAGAAGAAGUAGCAAGAUUGAACAUGCUGGAAUGUUUUGAAGGUAUAUUUGAUCAGCUGAAGGACCUCAACAGUUUUGUUAGCAAGUUGAACCAAUUUAGGAGACCCAAUAAUUACUGGUUACGUGUGGGAGUGGUCCGAAAUGUGGGGUGGUAUUUUGGGAAAUUCCACAACGAUGAUAUUGUCAGAAAGGUUGCUUUAUCCGACUGCAAUAUAGGAUAUGAAGAGGAGUUGGUGCUUCCAGAUGACCUUCGGAAUUUGUUGAUUGGAUGCUGCAAUAUGGUCGCUGAUAUUUCUAUUUCUCUGAGAAAUUUGACUCAAUUGCAAACAUAUGAAUUGUACGACUGCCAAGGGAUAGAAUGUGUGGUCUCCUUCUCGUCAUCUUCAUCUUCUUCCUUGACAGCUAUGAAUAACCUUGAAAAGCUAUGUCUUUUCAAUUUGUUUAGCUUGCGGGACAUUGUGAAAGUAGAAAAAACAACAGCGUCGCUUGCACCGACAAUAUGCCCUCACAUCUUUUCCAAUCUUAAACACCUGAUAGUAAGGGGUUGUGGUCCAAACUUGAAGAAGCUGUUUCCAUGUGAGCUGCUGCAAGGUCAAGGCCUCCAAAACUUGGAGCAGAUUAUAGUCAACAGUUGCUGGGAGAUGGAGGAAAUAAUAGGAUGGGAAGAAGAAGAGGUAGGAAAUCAAACAACUACUCCAAUAUUGAUCCCUCUUCCAAAAUUAAGGAUAUUGGGGUUGAAAUCCCUACCAAAAUUGAAGAGAAUCUACCCCGAAGGAGGAGUAAUGGCUUGUGAUUCUCUCAAUUCCAUUUAUAUAAUCGACUGCCCUAAGGUCAAGAGGAUUCCCCUCUGUCUUGGAAGGGAAAACGGGCAACCAUCUCUUGCUGCUAUGAAAGAAAUCUAUAUUGAAAGUAAAAAAAAAUGGUGGGAAUCAUUGGAGUGGGAGAAUCCUGACGAUGAGUAUGUCUUCCUACCUUUCAUCAAAUAUAUUGGGUAAGUCUCAUUACUCUCCCUUUUUUCCAUCACUUGCAUUCCAUUCCUUCUCUCUCACUGGUAUUUCAUAAAUAAAUGUUUCUAUCUCUUGUUUCUGAAUGAAUCCAAGUGUUAAUCUCCAUUGAUUUGCUUAAUAAUCUAAUCUUGAUUGAUUUGCUCUUAAGAUGUCUAUCUCGCUAAUACCAUUUUUGAUUACUCACUCAGCAACGAUGAUCACCCUCGGGUAAACAUUAAAUAUGGCUGUGUCGACCCGAAUCAAUUAUUUAAAGACAGUCUAUAAUGCCAUGCCCAGCUCAGCUCAGCUCAGCUCAGGUAUAUAUGUCUGUUGAUUUGCUUCUAAUGAGAUGUCCAUCUCCCUUAAUUGGAUGCUAAUUCCUUUUUAAAUUAUUCAUUCAUAGCGAGCAAGCUUUCCUGAGUCAUCCAUUCAAUAUCAAUCAGGUAUAUAUUUUUAUGUUUUUAGGAACGUUUUUUCUUUUUUUCUUUCCUUUUGCUGACUAUUAUUUGCAUCCUUAGAAUUAAGUGAUUUCUCCAUACAUGUUGAUGCAGGUUGCAUAUCUACCAUCUCAUACCUCUUUCUUCAACUCAGCAACAUUUAUACCAAUGCAAGACAAAAACUGGGAUUCACAAAUCACACUCACAUGAAUGCAAUGCCAUCUCUGUUGUAAUUUGCUGUUUAGUGUUGUGGAUGAACUUCAUUUAAUUAAAGCUUUUUAUUGUU